UCUUGUGCGCACUCAACGGACCAAAGAAUGAGGCGAACAAUGGGCAGGACGAACAUUUGGAUUAAUUCUAUCUGAAUGCGAAACUUUUUAUCCGAAAAAUGAGUUGGCUGUUAGGUCGAUGGAUUAUUUUUUGCAUAACAGUCUGUGUGUGUGCGGGGGUGCAGGUGACGGUUCGGGAGAAGAGGCGUUUCGCCAUGCUCUUCCAGUCGGUGGUGCUCGAGUGCCAGUACCAUACGCCUUCCUCUCAGACCCCUGUGGUGCAAUGGUGGUACAAAUCCUACUGCCGCGACCGCACACGAGACUCCUUCACUUUUCCUGAAAGCUUUGGGGUCCAGGGGCCCGAGUUGGGUGCCGCAGCCCACCUGGAGUGCUCCGACAGCAGCCGCACCGUCCGCAUCGUAGCGUCCGGCCAGGGAUCCUCCAUGACGCUGGCUGAGCACUACAAGGGCCGAGACAUCGCAAUCAUCAACAAGGCGGACCUGCGGAUCGGGAAGCUGCAGUGGGGCGACAGCGGAGUGUACUUCUGUAAGAUCGUCAUCGCCGACGACCUGGAGGGGAAGAACGAGGGCCAGGUGGAGGUACUGGUGCUGGGUAGGACAGGUGUGCUGGACGAUCUCCUGCCAGAGUUUGAUGUGGAGAUUAUACCAGAGUGGACGUUUGUGGGAUCUGUAGUCCUGGGCAGUAUCUUGUUCCUUUUGUUGAUGGGGAUCUGCUGGUGUCAGUGCUGCCCUCACUCAUGCUGCUGCUACCUCCGCUGCUGCUGCUGCCCCGACACCUGCUGCUGCCCACGUCACCUCUAUGAGGCAGGGAAGAUGGCAAAGAGUGGCCAGCCCCCCCAGAUUGCUGUGUACCCCCCCUACUAUAUCCCUGGGGUCCCCACCAUGGUCCCCUUGGCCCCUCCGUCCCUCGCGGACCCGAAGAUGCUCUCCUUCCCCUCAGUGGAGAAGAACCUAGCUGGGGUACGCAGUGGCUAUCGUCUCCAGCCCAGUCACAGUCAGAACUCUAUGAAGGUUCUGUACUACGUGGAGAAGGAGCUGGGACAGUUUCCCUCUGCCAAGAUGGCUCCUCCACAAUCAGCCAGUAGCCUAUCAGAGCUCAGCUCUCUGCAUGAGGGAGGGGACACGGAUUUCCGGCAAACCUAUCGGACAGUCCAGAUGAACGCUCUCCCGCCCAUCGCCGACCUAGAUGACCAAUCAGAACUCAUGGCAGCUCCCAUGCACAACAGUCGUCGACCCAGGCAUUACCGUGGGAACGACACGGAUGACGAACAAAACAGCAGGUGGAACCCUCGCUCUGUGCACCUGGAGAGGAAGACAUUGGGCACCAGGGGGCGUACCGGCUCUCUGGAUGAGUUGGAGGAGUUUUCUAUGUCCUACGGCCCCCGUGUCUGGAGGGGCGAGCCCCGAGACCAGGACACGGACUACGACCUGGCGCUACGGGUGCGAGAGCACUACCCUCCCUACUGGGACCACAGACCCCCUCGCUGUUUUCAUGGAGACCGGGACAACAACAGGCAUCCCCGCCGCAGCCCCCCUCCCUCGCCGCAGAAGAAGAGGAGGGACACGUGGGAUGGCGAUCCCGAUCGCCCCCACCAGCACACCCAUGGGGAGAGGGGUUACGAUUACGCUUUUCUCAAUGACCUAUUGGAGCAUAAGGCGAGGGGGAGGGCAGGGGAGAGGGGCGAUAGAGGAAAGGGGCGGGCUGACGAGGAUAGUGACAGUCCUUCCAAGGCCAGUUCGAAGGGCAAGGGCAGUGAUGGUUUCUACAGACAGUCGUCUAGCAACCGGCCCGAGGAUGAGGACUCUUUACCUCCGUACUCAGAGCAGAAGGUGGAAAGGUAUCAAAAGAUCAACCCAACCGCUGAACGUAGCCGCACGGUCGAACCGCCCUCAGAACGGUACCGGUCCACUGACCCGUCCAUGCAACCGUUCUCCUACACCCGUCCCCCUAAAGGAUUAGCACACACCGUACAGGGGUACCGAGAGGAUAGGGACAAGAACCGAAAUAUGGUGAGUUACCUGUAGGAGGAUCAAGUUGAAGAACCCCUCCCUCUCAGGUUGUCACAGAUAGAAGAGCUCAGACGUAGCAAGCCUAGCAACUCUAACAGUCUGUAUACCCAUCCCAGUGUCUUAGUAUUACACCAACUGGCCAUGGUUAGCGUCUUUAUUUUAUAUCAGUGGGUGUUGUACAUAAUUUUCUUUAAAGUAUUUCAUGUUGAUUGAUUGUUAUGUGAAAAAAAGAGUCAAAGCACUAUUUUGAUGUCAUUUUGAUCUAUUUUGUAAAUAAUGUAAUGUUUAAUGCUUUAUUUUAGAGGAAAAAGGUCCAAUCUUAAUGCCAACAAGAAUGCAUGUUACUGUAUGUGAUUGUAUCGUUCUUGUGGAACUCAGACAUUACUAACAAACCAUGACCUGCAUGAUUGGUGUGGAUCCCCUCACUGACCAGGCCUAACUAAUCGAGCAUGAGCAACAUGAUUGCAGGGUAUCUAACGUGUGGCUCUUGGUGUAUUUCUUUAACAGACCCCUGCUCUGAGCAGAGAGUCUCUCGUAGUUUGAUACACCAGAGAGAACCCAAGCCCGUGCCUGUACAGCACUGCACUGCCAAUAUUGAGAAUCACACGUCACUCACUUAAAAUAUCAUGCAUCCCUUAAAAUGUCAUGCAUCAGCUUGGUAGAGACUAACUGCACAUCAGGCAUCAACCACAUGGAGAGAGGCGUACCCAAUAGAAGGCUUCUUUGCACAGAAGGAGUGGAAGGCACCUUGCAGGGGUCAUGAAAAGACAAUGGAAUGUGCAUUGUUUAUGCAUGAAUUGAGGAACAUUUGGAAAAUAUUAUUGCAUGUGUGUUUAGCGUGCACGCAUAUAUAUCAUUUGAAUGGGUAUGUAUGGGUGCAGCGUGUGUGUAUGUGCACCGUUUGCCCAUGUUCAGGUUAAUCUGUCAUCUCAAACCAAGCAUUCUACAGAGCAGUCCCCCUCUCUCACCUACACAACAUGGUUACAGUUCCCAUAAAGUUACCCUGACAACAAUGAUGCAAUUAGGGGUAUUUGUAUGUAUCGAUGGGUAUUAUUAGGUGUGGGGGAGAGUUGGGACAAGGGGUUAGAAAAAAGGUAGGUAAAGAAGUAAUCAAAGAAACUUAAUAGGAUCAUUAUGUGUGUAAAAGUGCUGGAUUGUUUCAGAAAUUAUCUAUAUUCACCAAUUGGUCAUUAUAAUUAUACCUCCAAUACCCCAUGCCAAAAAUGCUAUCACACUAUAGGAAACACAAAAUAGGUGUCAAUUGGGCCUAUAAAAUGGCAACUCAGGUUCACCUGUCUUCAUUGUGUGUGUGUGUCUCAUAUACUGUACCUACUGAGCUUGAAUUUGCAACUGAUUUGCAACUGAACUGUAAUGCUAUUCUGUAUUAGCCUACAGUAUUGAACUGUGGUUUGAAACUGCCAUUCAGCCAGAGCAGACGUUUGUAUUCCACUUGUUUGACAUUGAUGAUUUUGAUAAACACCUGUUGCAUAUCUUA